CUGUUACUUCCCUCUUGUUCUAAACAGAGAAAACAUGUUGCCCCCGAUGGCCGUGUUUCUGCUCUUGGUGUCCACCGAUGCCUCCAUGGAUAACGGUACCACCUUUGAGUAUGAUGACCCUGACACAGGCAACACACUGCUUUGUGCACUCUGUCCUCCGGGCACGUAUGUGUCCUUACCGUGUAGUAGCACUCAAAACACUGUGUGUCUGCCAUGUCCCAAGGAACACUUCACACAGUUCUGGAACUUUAUGCCCAACUGCCUGUUCUGCUCCAACAUCUGCGAGGGAAAUCUAAAGGUUAAACAUCAGUGUUCAGCCACACACAACCGAGUAUGUGAGUGUAAAAAAGGACACUACUGGCAGGAUGACUUCUGCGUCCCACAUACAGAGUGUCCUCCUGGACAGGGUGCCAAAGUAAUCGGGACCAUUCAGAGGAACACACAAUGCGGGAAGUGUCCCAAGGGUACGUUUUCAGCAGUGACAUCCUCCAGUGCUCAGUGUAUAAAACACACAGACUGCGGGAAUUUUUAUGCUCUUCUUCCAGGCAGGAGGUGGCAUGACCGCAUCUGUUCCUCAUGUGCUAACCUUACAGACAAAGACACAGGUGGAUUAAAAGUACUCCAAGACAUCUUGCCAGGAUUUUUCUACCACCAGAAUAUCAAAAUGAGGCAACUUAGGAGAUUUGUUCAAUUACUCAAUGGAAAGGACAGCAGACGUCUAUUAAGAGCCCUCCACACAAGAACACUGCUUCUUCAUUACAUCACUCAGUGGGCUGGAAAUGCUCACAAACACCAGCUGAACGCUUUACCGAAAAUGCUUCUCAGAUCGGGUCUUAGAAGAACUGCUGAAAAGGUCCAGGACAUGGUGAAGAGUAUAGAGGAGAGGAUAUCUGUGUGUCAAAAUAUAUACUAGCACAAAAUAUAUAGUAGUACAAAAGAUUUAAGGAAUAAAUUGUAUGUUAAGUUAUAUCCUAUAUAAGCUGCUCAUCAAUUUACUUUAUUCAUUUUUCUUUCAAAUUCCCCCCAAAAAUGCACAUCUUUCUCUAGUUCUUUUGAAACAUAUCCUUCAGUGCAAUUAAUCUCACAGAAACUCAGGUUUUUGUUCCGUCCUGUGUAAUCAGUUCUCUUUGACGUGAAAUUAUUUUGGCACAAAAAGAAGAAAAGGAAUGUUCUUGAGGAAAAUUACUUAAUAUUCUCUCUCUCUCUCUCUCUCUCUCUCUCUCUCUCUCUCUCUCUCUCUCUCUCUAUCUCUUUUUCUGAACUGAACACUGGCCAAGACACAUUGUGUAGUAAUAAAAGAUAACAGUUACUCUCCUGUGUAAUUAAUUACAAUCAUUAAAAAGUUGAACUACCAAGCAACCUCUCACUGAACAAAGA